AUGGUCGACUACUUCUACCACCCCAAGACCUGCCUCACCGAAUAUAUCAGUCAAGCAAGUGUUGAAAACGACGAGUCGAGCCCCUCAAUUGCCGAUCAUAUGGCCUUCUUCGCCGAUACCGUUCUGCUCGCAGACAUGUACAACGUCAAAGGACUGAAAAAUUGGGCCACGGAAUGCUUCAAGGAGUGGUUUCACGAGGAGAGGGAUAUCAAGUGGAUCGACAGAGCUCUGGACACAUUCGAUGAGCAGGACAACAUGCCGGAUUGGAUAUGGGAGGCUAUGGUACGCGCUGUUGUGCGCGUUCUCGAAAUGAAUCACGAAUACACCGUCGCAGAGACUACGAGCCUGUUCACGAAGCAUCCCAAGCUUGCGGUGGCUAUUGCGAAUGAUAUGGCUGCGCGGCACUUUGUGGGGACAUAUGACAAUGAAGUACAACCGAAUGAUGGACAGUCUGACGAUGAUGACUCGGAUGAUUGA